CACCAGUUUCCCCACCGCCGACAUGUUAACCAGCUAAUAUAGUUGCGUGUAAAAGUGCAUUUUCUCCUGUGUAUGGGAACCAUACAAAUGCGAUGUCUUUCCUGGGUAUACUUUCGGGUUUUUUAAGGAUCUAACGCUGCUGACAACUUCUAAACGUGUUUAUAACGCUUUACCAGUUUCUCCACGUGUGAAGGGGUUAAAAUGGACAGCGUUGUGACGGGAGGCAAUGUGAAAGUGCUAGCCAAAGCUAUUCACUCACUGUCAAGAAUAGGUGAUGAGCUGUACUUGGAGCCUCAGGAAGAUGGGCUUGGUCUUAGAUCUGUGAACGCCUCUCGAUCCGCGUAUGCAUGCUUCCUUUUCGCCCCUCUGUUCUUCAGCAGGUACACCAUUCCUCAUGGGCAAGCCCUCCGCUGUAAGAUGGUCAUUAAGAGUGUGCAAACAGUGUUCAGAUCGCUGGCCUCCCUGGAAAAGACAGUAGACAAAUGUCACAUACAGCUCGAUGAGGAAAAGAGUCGCAUCACCUUCACUCUGCACUGUAAACAUGGGUUGCUGAAAACACACAACCUGCGUUUCCAGGAUAGCGAGAGCCUGCAGGCUGUAUUUGAUAAGGACAGCUGUUCCAAUGUACUCCGAGCCCAACCUAGGUUGCUGGUGGAAACUGUGUUGCACUUUCCUCCAUCUUUGGAAGAAGUGACUCUGUCUGUGAACAAUGAAUACAUUUGGUUUAGGAACCAUGUGGGGGAAGAGGCAGAGCAAUCCAAGACCAUGGCGACAGAGAUGUGUCUGUCUUCCGAUGAGUUCGACCACUUUGCUGUCAGAGCUGAAAAAAGCAUCACCUUCUGUUUGAAGGAGCUUCGGGGUUUACUGGUGUUUGCAGAGUCCACAGGUCUCCCCAUCUCGAUGUACUUUGAUGAGCCAGGCAGUCCUGUGAUCCUGUCAGUAACAGACAGCGUUCUGGAGGUGAACUUCGUGCUGGCCACACUAUCUGAUGAGUCCAGCCUCCAUAACAAGCGUACCCAAAGAGUGAGUACGCUAUCAUGCACUACAGAUGAUGACUUGAUGAAUGAUGAUAUGGACUCCUACCUCAUCGCCAUGGAUACAAGCACAGUACCGCAACCCUCAGCUACAGAUCCGUCAACACCAACCUUGUCUAGUGAUGCGCAUUCACACCAGUCUCCAUCAGCCAAUCACACGACUAGGCCAGACAGUGAAGAAGAGACAGAUGAGCAAGUCAACCCAGACAGCCUAGCAGGACCACCAAAUAAAAAGUUCCGCUCCCUGUUCUUCGGCUCGGUGUUUUCCACCUCUUCUCAGGUGACCAAUCAGAUGGUGACGGGUCGGGAAGUGCUAGCCAGUGACAGUGAUGAUGACACUCAAGCAGAGUUGCCUUGACUGUGGACUUAUCAGUGUUGGAAAAAAGGGACUGAGCUAAAUGUUUUGGUUUUUUUUUUGUGUGCGCGCGUGUGUGUAUGUUUGUGCGUGUGUUUUUAUGUCAGGGCCUCUGAAAUCCCUACAAGCACAGAAAUUAAUUCUUCAAAUGCUAGGUCCUCAUUUAUUACCAGCCUUUUUUUUUUCUCCCCAAUUGUAUCAAGCCAAUUACCCCACUCUUCCAAGCCUUCCCCGGUUGUUGCUCCACCCCCUCUGCCGAUCCAGGGAGGGCUGCAGACUACCACAUGCCUCCUCCGAUACAUGUGGAGUCGCCAGCCGCUUCUUUUCACCUGACAGUGAGGAAUUUCGCCAGGGGGACGUAGCGCGUGGGAGGAUCAUGCUAUCCCCCCCCCCCCCCGAAGAGGCACCCCGACCGACCAGAGGAGGUGCUAGUGCAGCGACCAGGACACAUACCCACAUCCGGCUUCCCACCCACAGACACGGCCAAUUGUGUCUGUAGGGACGCCUGACCAAGCCGGAGGUAACAGGAUUCGAACUGGCGAUCCCCAUUGGUAGGCAAUGGAAUAGACCGCUAUGCUACCUGGAUGCCCCUCUUCUCAAACUUUACUGACCCGCACAUGCGUUUUGCUGUAAAUCUAUCUAAAGGACAGACAAAAUCAGUAACAAGGAUUGCUGUUUGUCGGGUACUGGGGACUCCUUUUAACCGUAAAGAUGACCACGUCGGACUUGGAAUUCUGUGAUCAGAAGGAGAAAAUGGACUCUAAAAAGAAAAAAGGAUUUUCUGUUUCCUCUAGCACUGAACCUAGCCUGCAUUUUUACAGUGUACAGCC